UGCUUUUGCAACUAUUUCGAGAGUGCCAAGUGCUCCUGAUGAAGCAGAAGCAUGACUGUGGAGGAAGCUUCUUUGAAAAUCUUACAGACAGAACCUACCUCCAGAGAAAGCAUGGAGGAGGGACGAUCUGGUAAAGACCUCCAAAGAAAACGCCUACUAAUUACAUCUCCUCUAAUCCUGCUUUACUCUUGCAUCAUCAUUAUUAUUGUCCUGACUACAAUUGUGAUGGUACUUUCCAUUUUUUUGUCAGUGAGAAACACGAAGACGGUCUCACAUGUUCUGUAUGUUACCUGCCCAAAAGCAUGGAUUGGAUUUGGAAAUAAGUGUUUUUAUUUUUCUGACGACGCAAGGAAUUGGACAUUCAGCCAGACAUUCUGUACCUCAUUAGAAGCUGGUCUUGGUCAGUUUGAAACCGAGGAGGAGCUGAACUUCCUGAAAAGAUAUAAAGGCCCUUCUGACCAUUGGAUUGGCCUUAGAAGAGAAUCACCACAUCAUGUUUGGAAAUGGACAGACAGCACUGAAUAUAACGCCUCGUUUUUUAUCAAAGGAGUUGGGGAAUGUGCCUACCUGAAUGACAUUGGACUUAGUAGCGCCAGGAGCUACACAGAUAGAAACUGGAUUUGCAGCAAGACAAAUAAUAAUGUCACCGUGGAGUUAAAUACUUUAAGGACUUUUUAGGGAAUUUCACGCACCAUCUCCAAGAGAUGCAUUAUAAAUUGUUAUAUACAGCUGCUGCUGUAUUUCUUGGCCUGCCAAAAAUAUUAACAAUGUGCAUUUAUAAUCCUUGUUACCAGCAAAGAGGCAAGCUAUCCUUGAAUGAUGUAAUAUAGGGAUUUGGAAGAGCAUGCUUCUAAACUAAGUGGGUGUUAAGAAAUAUGAGCUGAUAUUUGUAUUUUGAACCCUAUAAAUAUGAACGAGUUCCUCCUUUUCUGUACAGACAGCCCUGUAUUUGUACACAUGGGACCAUAAAAAUGACUAUGACAGCUGAAACCAUGCAAAAUGAUUUUAAUAACCAAUGAGAAAAGAUACAAUUGGUUGACACAUUCAAAA